AUGGCUGCUGUGUCUCCAACGAGAUGCCAGGACCCAGUGACAUUCGAGGAUGUGGCCGUAGUCUUCACAGAUGAAGAGUGGAGGAGUCUGGUCCCUACUCAGAGAGACCUCUACAAGGAGGUGAUGCUGGAGAACUACAAGAGCAUCGUCUCAUUGGGACUUCCAAUACCCGGACCUGAUGUGAUUUUUCAGUUGAAGAGAGGGGACAAGCCUUGGCUAGUGGAGUUUCAUGAAUCUGAGGGAAAAGAAGGUGCAGAGAAUGUCUCUCUAGAUUGGGAGACUAAGCCUGAGAUUCAAGGUGCUUCAGAAGAAGGAAAAUCAGAAGGAUCACUGAAGGAAAAGCUUGGAAGAAAAGGUCCUCCAUCUCCUAAAUUUGAAGUUUAUGUACUGGAUGGCAGGUUGGGAACAGAGAAGGAAAGCCCUACAGUUGAGGCCUGCAAGAAACCCCCUUCUCUGGAAGAAAGCCUGCAGCACAGGGCAACCCCUCCCAAGAAAUUUCUCACUAAAGAGAGAGACCAGGAAUGCAGCAACUGUGGGAAGACCUUUUUUGACCACUCCUCCCUCAUUCGCCAUCAGAGGACUCACACUGGUGAGAAGCCCUAUGACUGUCCCGAGUGUGGGAAAGCCUUCAGCCACAGGAGCAGUCUCAGUAGACACCUGAUGCUGACCGUACAUCAGCGAAUUCAUACUGGAGAGAAACCCUUCAAAUGCAGCGAGUGUGGAAAAGCCUUCUUUGACCGCUCAUCCCUUACCCGCCACCAGAGAAUCCAUACUGGAGAAAGUCCUUAUGAAUGUAACCAGUGCGGGAAAGCCUUUAGCCAGAAAAGUAUUCUUACGCGACACCAGCUAAUCCACACAGGCCGGAAGCCAUAUGAAUGUAAUGAGUGUGGGAAAGCCUUCUAUGGGGUCUCGUCACUGAACAGACAUCAGAAAGCCCAUGCUGGAGAGCCUCGCUACCAGUGCAGCGAGUGUGGGAAGGCUUUCUUUGACCGCUCCUCCCUGACUCAGCACCAGAAGAUUCACACUGGAGACAAGCCAUACGAAUGCAGCGAAUGUGGGAAAGCCUUCAGCCAGAGGUGCCGGCUCACCCGACACCAGAGAGUUCACACAGGAGAGAAGCCGUUUGAAUGCAGCGUGUGUGGGAAAGUCUUCAGUUCUAAAUCAUCAGUUAUUCAGCAUCAACGGCGUUAUGCCAAACAGGGAAUAGACUGAGUGGGGCGAAAGCUUUAGUCCAAGGAUCUCCACGAAAACUCAAGAUAGGUCUUCCCCCUCUUAAAUCCAUCACCUGGUCAUCACACCUAUGCUGGCUACCCCUCUCCUUUUUCUGCCUCUCUGCAGCCACAGUGUUUGAAGAAACACUGUCCAUCCACUGUGUUACAGAGGUGAUGUGGGAUGCCAGAAAUUAGGAUGUGACUUUAAAGAGUCAGCAUUCUGAAGACAUUUGUCAGACACUAGGGACAAAGGUUAGGAGGCAGUCCUCAGACAAACCUCUUGUCCAAAGCCCCAGGCAUCUCUGCACUUUAUAUAACUGGAGGCCACAGCUGGACAGGAAAGGCACCGUUUAUGUCAGAGCAGCACUGUUGUUUCCAGAAGUUCUUUUUUUUAUAACCGUUAGUCCCUCUCUCAGAGGAUUUUGGGCACUGACCUUGUCCUGUUGUGUCCCAUCAUCUAGAUCUCUUAAUACUACUACUAGUAGCUAGCACUUAUUGAGCGCUUAUUAUGGAUUAAGCACUCAGCUGAGAGUUUUGCAAGAAGUAAAUUAUUUGGUCCUUUCAACAACCCUUUGAAGUAGGUACUGUUACUCCCCACAAUUUACAGAUGAACAAACUGACGUUUAAAGAGAUUAAAUAACUUGUCCAACGUAACAGCUAGUACAAGGAAAGUCAGGUCUUGAAUACAGGUCUUCCUUCAAAAUCUCUUUACUAUAAGGCUAUAAGGUUUGCUUUAUAAUUUAUGUAUGUGUAUUAUCUCCUCAACUAGAUUGUAAGCAGAGACAUGACAUAUGUCUUUGU